UUCGCGGCUGCAGACAGGGGUUUCGAUCUCACCUUCCGGACGGCUGAUGAUGCAGGCCUGUCGCUUAUAAAAUACGGGGAAUUUCUGUACGACAACCUGAUCAUCUUCUCCCCAUCCAUAGAAGAUUUUGGCGGAAACAUCAACGUGGAGACCAUCACUGCUUUCAUCGACGGUGGCGGCAGCGUCCUUGUCGCAGCCAGCUCGGACAUUGGGGACCCCCUGCGGGAACUGGGCAGCGAGUGUGGGAUAGAGUUUGAUGAGGAGAAGACAGCGGUCAUCGACCACCAUAACUACGAUAUAUCGGACCCAGGCCAGCACACGCUUAUAGUCGCGGAUGCUGAAAAUCUACUCAAAGCUCCCACUAUCGUGGGGAAAACUGCACUGAAUCCCAUCCUUUUCCGAGGAGUUGGGCUGGUGGCUGAUCCUGACAACCCCCUGGUGCUCGAUAUCCUGACCGGCUCUUCAACCUCUUAUUCCUUCUUCCCGGAUAAGCCUAUUACUCAGUAUCCCCAUGCCGUCGGGAAGAACACCCUUCUGAUUGCUGGACUCCAGGCAAGGAACAACGCCCGCGUUGUUUUUAGUGGCUCCUUGGAUUUCUUUAGCGAUGCUUUCUUCAAUUCUGCUGUGCAGAAAGCUACUCCUGGCUCUAAGAGAUACUCCCAGACCGGUAACUACGAGCUGGCCGUCGCCCUGUCGCGCUGGGUGUUCAAGGAGGAGGGCGUGCUGCGCGUCGGGGCCGUGUCGCACCACCGCGUGGGCGAGCGCGCCCCGCCGAACGCCUACACCGUCACCGACCUCGUGGAGUACAGCAUUGUCAUCGAAAAACUCUCUGACGGGAAGUGGGUCCCCUUCGAUGGAGACGAUAUUCAGCUGGAGUUCGUCCGCAUUGAUCCCUUCGUCCGGACUUUCUUGAAGAGAAAUGGAGGAAAAUACAGCGUGCAGUUCAAGCUGCCAGAUGUCUACGGGGUGUUUCAGUUUAAAGUAGAUUAUAACCGGCUGGGUUAUACUCACCUGUACUCCUCUACCCAGGUGUCUGUACGGCCUCUCCAGCACACGCAGUACGAACGGUUUAUCCCCUCGGCGUAUCCCUACUAUGCCGGGGCCUUCUCCAUGAUGGUGGGCCUCUUCAUGUUCAGCAUCGUCUUCUUGCACAUGAAGGAGAAGGAGAAGUCCGACUGAGCUCCCUAUGGGAGGAAGAGCC